GGAAAGGUCAACCAGCCUCUAGUGAUCGAGGGUAUGCCAAGUCGCGUUGUCUCUAUUGACUGUGCGCGGAAGAUGUAUUGGGGUCCAGCUAAUCACCCAUUUGGUAGGUUCAAACACUACGACUUCGAAGAAACCUUUGAGAUCUCGCACGAUGAAAUGCAACAGGGCAUCUCACGGCUGUCCGGUCCGCUCGCAGAAAACGAGCCACUGCUGAAUGAAUUCCAUGCGCACUGUUAUGCAGCCUCGCACCUGAUCCUCUCGCGCCUGGAGGAAUUACUGAACCUCCCACUACGGAGCUCGCACCGCCCUGGGGCGCCCAGCGAGACCAGCCUCAAACUCGUCGCAGAGCCAUCAUUUCCCACCAUCUCCGAUGUACCGGAGACCAAGCAUACAGACAGCGGCACGUUGACAUUUGUCUUCUACGAUAAAUGGAGCCUUCAGACUCAUCUUGCUCAUAAAGGCCCGGAGAGCGUGGAAGAAAACUGGGCAUUUAUUCCUCCCCCAGUGCCGGGCUGUGUCGUUGUCCAUGUCGCCAACACGCUGCAGCGGCUAUCAAAGAACCAAUUGCGCUCGCUUUUUGAGGCCGGAGGUGGCCAAGAAUCAGGCAGUGGCUGCCUAGGACUCCAUAGAUACUAGACACCUAGCUACGAGGGUCUGUGGGUCAUGUACUAGACUUCACGAGGUGUUUAGAAUUCAAUAUAUUGUGGAUGUGACCCGUCCUGAGCAACGAUCUCCAUGUUUCGAGGAGCCAGAUGGCCUACCAAACGUAGUAGAAUCAUCCCCCACUCACGAAAAGAUCACCGCCAGCCCCGCUGCGAUGUAAUCCAAAAAACUUUUCAUUCAAGUGACCAC